AUGGAUCAAAUCCUGUUAGUCAAUAGGAGGUUGCAAUCCCCCAGAGGACUGUCAUUCAGAGAGGGAGAUAUUGCCACCUCAUACAUACGGAGUGCCAUAACCUGCCCUGGCAACGCCUGUCUGUGGCCUAAAUCAAUCGAUGGAUUUGUUUACGUGCCCUUCAUCCUCUCUCCACUAUAUGACGACAUGGACAGAAUCACCAUAGAAAAUGGGAUGCAGGACAUUUCCUCUGGAACAUGUAUUAAAUUUGUUCCCCGCACUCAUGAAGGCAACUUCCUUGACAUCCAGCCUAGAUACGGUUGUUGGUCGUUUCUGGGGCAGACUGGAGGAAGUCAGACCCUGUCGCUGCAGACUCCUGGGUGCAUGUGGUCAGGAGUGGCUGCCCAUGAGUUCAUGCACGCCCUCGGCUUUGUACAUGAGCAGUCUCGCUCAGACCGAGACCAUUAUGUCUCGAUUGUGUGGAAAAACAUCAUUCCAGGUUAGGAUGAAUUAUCACCACCCGACAUCAUGAAACAGGUGACAAACAAUCUCAACAGUCCAUAUGACUACAGCUCUGUGAUGCAUUAUGGAAGAUACGCCUUCUCUGAGGAUGGUGGACCAACAAUAAUCCCCAAACCAGAUCCUUACAUUCCCAUUGGCCAGCGAGAUGGGCCCAGUAUGCUAGACCUUCAUAAAAUAAAUGUCCUAUAUAACUGUGGUGCCAACGAGUAA